AUGAAUCGCUCAGGAACAAACUUGAGUGCCUUGAACCAUCCAUCAAGAAGCAACUCAUUUACCGACGCGCCUCAUCGCAGCCGUGGAUCUGGUAGUAAACCAUUUCUGGGGCUUGCCCUCAACAACAACAGUAGUCAUUCACUAGUUAUCGCAGAAGAGGAUGAGUUAGAAAAUGCUCCAGGAGAAGCAGGAUAUUUCGACCUGUCUGAAAAUGCAGCAGAGGAGAAAUUAGCCCCUUACGGUGGAUUUUCCAGGCCAAAUUUGGAAUCCAGCUUUUUGAAUGAAGAUAACGUGUUUGAACAUGCGCCUUGGAAAAUCGUGAGAACAGAGCAGGGAAAUGGCUCCUUGUAUAAUGCCGUUAGAAAUGCUAGGGAGAAAGGAGUGGUGAAGAAUCGCAAGUGGGUUGGUGCAUUGUCUCUGCCCACAGAUGCUAUCCCCGAAAAAGUACUUGAAAAGGUUGUAUCUUCAAUGUCCAAAGACUAUAACUGUGAACCCGUCAUAGUCGACGACAUGACAUUUCAUGGCCAUUAUAAUUCAUUCUGCAAACAAAUAUUGUGGCCUACAUUGCAUUACCAGAUCCCUGAUGAUCCAAAGUCGAAGGCUUUUGAGGACCAUUCGUACCAUUACUACAAAUUAUUAAAUCAGAUGGUGGCGGAUAAAAUAGUUGAAAUUUACAAAAAGGAGAAUUCUGGCUUGGAACCAGAUGAUCCUGAAAAUGUCAUCUGGAUUCACGACUAUCACCUUCUCUUGGUCCCAAAAAUGGUGAGAGAACAGUUGCCUGAAGCAAAGAUUGGAUUAUUUUUACAUGUUUCUUUCCCGUCGUCAGAAGUCUUUAGAUGCUUAGCGCAACGAAAGGCUUUACUUGAGGGAAUGCUCGGCGCAAACUGCAUUUCAUUCCAAACGGAAGAGUAUGUUCGCCAUUUCUUGCAAACAUGCAGUAGAUUAUUGUUAUCCGACGCAAAUGAGUUCGGUUUAAUCCACGACGGAAUUUUCACAAAAGUCAACAUGAUCCCUGUGGGUAUUGACUCUGACGAAUUGGAGAAAGUGUUAAAGUCUGAUGCAGUGGUGGAAUGGAAACAAAUGAUUAGAGAAAGGUGGAAGGAUCAACGACUCAUUGUUUCUCGUGAUAAGCUAGACAAAUUGAGAGGCGUCAAACAGAAGCUUUUAGCUUACGAGAAAUUUUUAUUGAAGAAUCCGGAUUUUGUUUACACGACCAGCUUGAUUCAAAUAUUCAUUGGAUCUUCAGAUGAUUUGAACUAUGAGGCAGAAGUAAUGCAGAUUGCGUCUAGAAUCAACUCAUUGACGGAAAAUAUUUCUGACAUACAACCUGUGGUUAUCUUAAACAAGGAUAUCCAUUUCGAACAGUACCUCGCGCUUCAAAGUGAGGCAGACGUUUUCAUUGUUUCGAGUAUGAGAGAAGGGUUGAACUUGACAUGCCAUGAAUUCAUUAUCGCGUCGAAAGAUAAAAAGUCACCAUUGGUAUUAUCGGAGUUCACAGGGUCCUCUCCUUUACUCGAUUGUGAUGGAAAUGGUGCUAUUCUCAUCAACCCAUGGGAUCAAGUUGGAUUUUGCGAAGCAAUAAAAUCAGCAUUGACUAUGGAAGGAAAGGAGAAGGAAUUGCGUUGGAAGAACUGCUAUGAUAAGGUAACGAAACAUGAUUCUUUGAGCUGGAUUAAAACAUGUCUCCAGUCUGUGAAUAGAGCGUGGAAAUUAGAUAAAGAAAAAUCACUGGCAAACAAAAACCCUUUCAAUGCUGAAGUUUUCAAGAAGUUCUAUACUUCAUCGUCCGGCGGCCGGCUAUUCUACUUUAAUUUGGAUACUCCUGCUGCUCAUAAUUCUUUGUUUGGAAGUCAAUCUGGACCUAGUAAAGGAUAUUUGGAGUAUUCUAGAAUUGGUCGUUUGUUGCAAGAGCUUAUUUCAGAUCCAAAAAACCAUGUUUAUGUUGGAAGUAUCAUCAGGAGAUCAGAGCUUGAGUUGCUUUUCAAAAAUGUCAUAAACAUCGGUUUAAUUGCUGAAGGUGGCGGGUUUGUGAGGUUAAUUGGCUCAUCAAAUUGGAUAUCGGUUUAUGAGGAAGACGAAGUUGCCAACUGGAAGCCUCAAGUCUCUCUGUUAAUUCAUGCCAAAGUCGAACGUUUGCCGGGAUCAAUCGCUGUGAUCGAAGAAUGUACAAUUCGCUUAGUGGCAGAUUCUUCGAUGGUCAUAGACCAAAAGAGAUGCAUGGAUGUCAUGGGCGAUGUCAUGCAACAUAUUAAUGAUGCUUUCGAAGAGGUUGGAGUUCAUGCUACGAUAAUCAACAACUCUGUUGUUGUUCAACAAAAGGAUAUAGCCUUACGCGCCAUGAAUUUCAUCUUGACUUACUACACUACAGAAAUGGACGCAAAGGGUUUGACGAAGCAAUGGAAUUUGAAGCCUGUCAAAUCGACAACAGAUACUAUUUUUAACCAUAUCUCAACUGAUUCUAUUAACUAUGAAAAGGAACGGGAGAGAAAAGGAGAUUUGGUGACUUCAUUUUUCUUUUCAGGCGGUCUCAACCCAAUGGAUGAAUCCAUUUAUGAGUAUGUCAACAAUCUUACUAAGGACGGCACCAUAAAAGAUGCAAUUACUGUGUCAGUUCAUGGUGAGCGUGAUGAGACUAGGACGUCCGCCUCCUAUACUGCUCUAGGCCAGAACGAAUUGUUUGGUAUAAUUUCAAGAUAUAAGCGUGCGUAA